AUGCAAGAAAAUUCCUUGAGAAGGCAACUCCAGUUAAAUUUAAUUCGUUCACAUGCUACUGGUUAUGGAAAGCCUUUGGAACCUGCAAAAGCAAGAAUGUUGUUAGCACUCAGAAUUAACGUUUUAGCUAAAGGCCAUAGCGGAAUUUCACUUGAAAAUUUAGAAAAAUUGAUUGAUGCUUUUAAUGCAUAUUGUGUCUCUUAUGUUCCAGAACAGGGAACUGUUGGUUGCAGUGGAGAUCUUUGCCCACUCGCACAUUUAGCUCUAGGACUUCUUGGUGAAGGCCAAAUGUGGUCACCCUCAACUGGUUGGGCACCAGCCUGUGAUGUUCUUAAACAUAAUGGUCUUCGACCUAUUGAAUUGAGCUACAAAGAAGGGUUAGCUUUAAUAAAUGGCACCCAAUUAGUCUCAUCAAUCGGAGCACUUGCUGUUGUUCGUGCAGAGAAUUUAGCUAAACAGGCGGAUGUAAUUGCUGCAUUAACUUUAGAUGUACUUAAAGGGACAACUAGAGCUUUUGAUGCUAAAGUCCAUAAAGUUAGGCCUCACAAAGGUCAAAACCUUGUUGCAGGAAGAUUACGAGCUUUACUACAUUCCGACUUAAAUAGAUCGGAAAUUGCUGAAUCUCAUCGGCAUUGUGGUAAAGUCCAGGAUGCCUACACUCUUAGAUGUGUUCCACAAGUUCAUGGAGUUACCCAUGAUACAAUUGAAUUUGUUAAAGAAUUAUUAAAUAUAGAAAUUAAUUCGGCAACUGAUAAUCCUUUAAUCUUUUCUGAUGUUGAGGAAAUUAUUUCUGGAGGAAAUUUUCAUGGAGAAUACCCAGCAAAGGCUCUCGAUUAUUUAGCAAUUGCUGUUCAUGAAUUGGCACAAAUGAGUGAAAGAAGAUUAGAGAGACUUGUUAACCACGAACUUAGCGGCCUUCCAACAUUUCUCACACAAAAUGGAGGUCUUAAUUCUGGUUUUAUGACAGUCCAACUUUGUGCUGCAUCAUUAGUUUCUGAAAAUAAAGUUCUUUGCCAUCCAUCUUCUGCUGAUUCUAUUCCAACUAGUUGUAACCAAGAAGAUCAUGUAUCCAUGGGAGGUUUCUCUGCUAGAAAAGCAUUAAAGGGAAUAGAAUUUCUAAAACCGUUAAAGAGUACAGAAACUCUUCAAAAAGUUUAUGAGUUGGUUCGGAGUGUUGCACCUCCAUUAAAUGAUGAUCGGUAUAUGCAACCAGAAAUUCAAUCAGUUAUUUCAUUAGUUCGUUCAAAUAAAAUAUGGACAGUUGUAGAACCACAUUUGGAAAGAAUGAGUAAAUUAGAAUCUUGUAGACCUGAUUUACUGCGACAGGAAGCUGGAAGUCCAACUGCUGCUGUUUUGGGUUUUCCUGAUUUUUCACGAGUUUUAUAA